AUGUACUCAAGAGCCGCUCGCCGUGGCCUCAAUGGCUCCGUCUGCCGGGCCUCCUCUGAGCCCUUAUCAGCAGCUGCUGCCCCUCCUCGCACCCCAUCUCGACUUACAGAUCUCCGGCGCCGGAGCCGGGAACGCGCCCCGGCGACAUGGGAGCCCGUCGCCUCUCAGCGCCCGUUUCACUCAAAGUCGAGUGACAGGUCCGUGGCAGACGCCGUCCCCGUGGAGAGGAAAGCAACCUUUGAGAAGAGACAGCAGCCGUCGCCGUUCGAUGGCGUCCGGGAACGCAGGGCCAAGGCCGGCAAGCUGAUUGCGGGUGUGGCCGCCGCCUCAGACAGCGAUAUGUUCAAGGCUCCCGCCGUUGGGAAACCCAAAUCAAAGCGAUGGGACCAUCACCUUUCCAAAGAGUCCCUCUCCCGCCACCCCUGCUCCCUCAAACAAGCCGCCCGCCACCUCAAGAAACCGGGCCUCAUCUCCCUCGGCGGCGGUCUCCCCUCGAGCGCCUACUUCCCCUUCGCCUCCCUCUCCGUCCGCGUCCCCACGGCCCCGCACUUCUCCGAAGCCGACACCAUCGGCGCCCACGGCCAAGACAUCACCGUCGGCAAAUACGACGUCCGCGACGCACCCGACGCCGAAUACGACCUCUCCAUCGCCCUAAACUACACCCAGUCCACCGGCUCCGCCCAAAUGAUGCGCUUCGUCACAGAACACACCGAGCUCGUCUACAACCCUCCCUACGCCGACUGGCAGUGCUGCCAGACCGUCGGCAGCACCGCCGCCCUCGAGCAGACGCUGCGCAUGUUCUGCGACAAAGACCGCAAAGACGCCGUCCUGACGGAGGAGUACAGCUUCUCCACCGCGCUCGAGACCAUUGCCCCGCUCGGCGUAAAGGCCGUCGGCGUCCCCGUCGACGCCGAGGGCCUGCUGCCGGACGCCAUGGACGAGAUGCUCUCUGCCUGGGACCCGGCGGCGCGGGGCGGGCACAGCAAGCCGCACCUGCUGUAUACCGUCCCCUCGGGCCAGAACCCCACGGGGGCGACGCAGUCCGCGGCCCGGCGGCGCGCCAUCUACGCCGUGGCGCAGAAGCACGACCUCUACAUCGUCGAAGACGAGCCGUACUACUUCCUGCAGAUGCAGCCCUACGCCGGACCCGACGCCUCUGCGCCGGCGGCCCCGCCCCCGUCCUCCGUCGACGAGUUCCUCGGCGCGCUGAUCCCCUCCCUGCUGAGCAUGGACACGGACGGCCGCGUGCUCCGGAUGGACUCCUUCUCCAAGGUCCUCGUGCCCGGUUCCCGGCUGGGCUGGGUGACGGCCUCGGCGCAGGUGAUUGAGCGCUUCGUCCGCCACGCCGAGGUCGCGAACCAGGGGCCCUCGGGGUUCUCGCAGAUCGCCGUGUGGAAGCUGCUCGACGAGACCUGGGGCCACGAGGGGUACCUCCAGUGGCUGAUGAACCUGCGCGUGGAGUACACGCAGCGCCGCGACUGGCUGCUCGCCGCGUGCGAGAGGCAUCUCCCCCGUGACAUCGUGAGCUGGACGCCCCCCGCGGCCGGCAUGUUUCUAUGGCUCAAAAUAGACCACACCGCCCACCCGGACAGCGACGCCAGCCGCCCCCUCCUCGAGAUCGAGGAGGAAAUCUUCAACUCGUGCAUCGAAAAGGGCGUCCUCUGCGCCCGCGGCUCGUGGUUCCGCACCGAGCAGGACACCCCGCUCAAGGAUCUCUUCUUCCGCGCCACGUUCGCCUCGGCCAGCGAGCAGGAUAUGGAUAAGGCGAUUCAGAGGCUGGGAGCUGCCAUCAAAGAGAGUUUCCGAGUUGUGUGA